UGGGUCUGCACCGCCGAGGAGAAGAUGGCGGCGCUGGGAGAGCCUGUCCGGCUGGAGAGGGAUAUCUGCAGAGCAAUUGAAUUGCUGGAGAAAUUACAGAGGAGUGGAGAGGUGCCGCCACAGAAACUUCAGGCUUUGCAGAGAGUCCUUCAGAGUGAGUUCUGCAAUGCAGUGAGAGAGGUUUAUGAACAUGUUUAUGAGACUGUGGACAUCAGUAGCAGCCCUGAAGUGAGAGCCAAUGCAACUGCAAAGGCUACUGUUGCUGCAUUUGCUGCCAGUGAAGGACACUCUCAUCCCCGUGUUGUUGAGCUACCCAAAACAGAAGAGGGCCUUGGAUUCAAUAUCAUGGGAGGCAAAGAGCAAAACUCACCAAUCUAUAUAUCACGGAUAAUUCCAGGUGGAAUUGCGGACAGACAUGGGGGCCUCAAACGAGGAGAUCAGCUUCUUUCUGUUAAUGGAGUGAGUGUUGAAGGAGAGCACCAUGAGAAAGCGGUAGAGCUACUGAAAGCGGCCCAAGGGAAGGUUAAGUUAGUUGUACGAUACACACCAAAAGUCUUGGAAGAAAUGGAGUCCCGCUUUGAGAAAAUGAGAUCAGCAAAACGCAGACAACAGACCUAACCAUUUAAAAACUUUUUGUUUCUUUUGCUUUUAGCUAGGAAAGUUUUACUUGUGAUCUACUGAUGGCCUCAAUGCCAGUGAUUGUAAAACACCAGAAACUUCUGUGACCUCUUCUUGCCAUUUUAUAAAUGCCUGUUUUAGCAUCACUUAUGGUUGUAGAGAAGCAUACACUUUUUUUCUCACAGGGAAAAGUCAAAGUCGAUGAGGGCAGUUCUGCCCUGCAGUUUUUACAGGACUUUUUCAAACACAGAUUUUUGUCACAAAGUUGUUAUAGAUUUUUAAUAAUGCUUUUUUAAUAUUAAAAUGUACUUUUACAUUCUUAAUCUUUUUUUAAAAAGAGGUUUCUUUAUUUGGCAAUUUAUUUACAAAUAACAGAUCUCCAAUAUUUCCUUUUGCUUACUGCAAUUUCUUUGUGAAAUUUCUUUUCAUUUUUCCAAGAAAUUAAAGCAUCUUGCUUGUGACAGUCUAUCACAUCAUGAAUAUUGGCAUCUCUGCUGCAUUUUGUACUCGGAACAUAACAUAUAAUAUCUAUAAUCAGUGGUAAAUCAUAGCCAUCAUUGAACCUUUUUAUUUUUAUUUAAAUAAUGUAUACUGUAUUCAUUUAUACUGAUUUAUAAAAGUAAGUUUUUAAACACUGAAGCAAUCAUUGCUAAAAUAUGUAUUUCAUAAUAUUUAAGCAGUGGGGCGAGAAGAUGUAAUUUGAUUAUUAGCAUUAUCCAUUAAAUUCUUUAUUUAACAGUAUGUCAUAAAUUAUACAUGCAAACAAGAUCAGAUUUCAACUUUUCAAAUUUUUUAUGCUAUUCAUUUGUAUUUAAAUAUAUUUCUCAUAUUUUGGUUCUUUCAUGCCUGGAGAUGAAUCAGUUAGUCUGUGCUGGGGAGAAUGGAAGUAAGACAAGGUGAUAACUUCAACUUCUGGAGCCCAAAGAGCCAUACAUUCUUAUAUCCUGUCUUCAGUAUUCACUCGGGGUAUGAAGGGCAGGAAGGAUUGGUUAAGAUACAGGAACAGGUGGUUUCAUAAGUCUCACAGUGAGUGGGGCUCAGAAUGAUUUAUAUCUGGAUGAUUGAAGUAGUGAUGGGAAUUUGGAACAAUACUUUUUACCAUUGUCCACUGGAUGUCACUGUUUUCCUAAAAGGCAGCUAUUGAUACAUGAUUGUGACUAUAGUCUUCUAAAAGCUGAAAUCAAAGUGAUUAAUUUUUAGUCACUGAUUAUAGGAACAUUUGUAAAGGGUUUAAGUGAUGAUGUUAAAAAGAAACAGAUGGGUUGAAAAUGUAGGAAUUUGUCAAAAUUACGACUAUUACCUUUAUUUUAAAAAAAAGGGCAUUUUGUAACAUUCCUUCAGGAAGAAUGGAAGUGUGUAUGUUUUCUGCAUGUGUGCGAGCACUGUGCGUCUUACAAGAUGACUGCAGUUUUCAGUGAUUUUCAGAGUAAACUCAAUCAACAUGUUAUUUAUCAUUUAGGAAUUGAACACUGGAUUGUGCAUGGUUGAAUGUCUUUAGUCCACUACAAAAUGUGCUUGAUAUUGAUAGGAUCAUGCUGAAUUGUAUAUUUUCAAAAUUAGCUUGUGUUAUUAAAAUGUUGAGACCAAAGUAGUAUAGAAGAGUAUGACAUAUGUUAAUUUAAUUGUAAAAUUAUUAGAGGUAAUUGUUUUAAAACUCUAUAUUAAAGAAAAGUGUUGGUGCAUAUAGAACAGUAGCUCGUAUUUCUGCAUCCCAGGGCUAGUAAACCCUGAGGAACCCUGUCUUAGUGCAGCUACUGCGGCUGCAGUUGCUCCUGCGGAUGCAUCAGCGGUCCAUUGUGAGUUCAGCUUCCUGCUUCAUGUUUCAGCUGUCAACAGAAUUUCGGCCAAGUUACUUUUUUUUUUAUUUUUUAAUACGUUGAAAAGGCUUUUUCUUCAGUAACAGUCUGUUCUUUGUGUGGGCUGACACCUAUUUAUAAUUCUUAAAAUAAAAACAACUUAAAGGAGCCAAAUACAUUGCUGUUCUUGGUAGUGUUGCAUGAGUAGCAAUAGUUUGCUUUCAUUGAUGAGAUUCUCCUAUCUCAGAAUUUUAAAUACUGACCAUAGGAAAAGUCAGUGGCAAGUGUACAGUAGUCUUCUUGUGUACUAAGGAACUGAAUGAAUUUUAAUUAAUAAAUGAAUGAUUUAUGAAUAAAAUUAGGCAGUAAAUAUGUAUUUGUUUGACUUGUAACUUACAAAUGUAAAUUUCCUUUAGCUCCAAUUUUCCAUUUAUUUUCUUAAACGUUUCAAAAUGAGUUCUCUUGGUGAUUCUUGACCUUAGCUGCAUGUUAGAAUGCCCUGCAGAUCUUGAAACUCACCUAAGUUUCUUCCCAUACAGCUAAUUCGAAAUCAUGUCUUUGUGAUUGAAAUUUCAUAUGAUGCAUUUAUCGAGUCUACCCUCUAUUAUGUUUAGAGGCUCAUUCUGAACAACCAGGCUCCAGAGGCACUAACUAGCUCAUGGACUUUCCGAUCAUAGGCCGAAGCUACCUAACAAUUGAUUCUAUUUUUUAGGACCUCCUUAUGGUCUUAAGGGGUAUUUGGCAUUUCUUAUUAACAAAAUAGUUACAAUCUACUUUUUUUUUUUUUUAAAAGCUCUGGCUAUCCUGGAAUUCUCUGAAAGCAUGCUGACUUCCUUUUAUUUUUCCUUAUUUCUUUUUUUAAAAAAACCUACCAGUAAUUCAAUUGUAAAAUCUUUUUCCUUCUGUCCUCUUUACCUUUUAAGAAACUGUAAAGGUUAUUAUUUGAAAGAGCAUGUGUAAGUAUUGCAGAUGUGAAGGCACUGAGGAAUGAUCUGUGCUGUCUAGAUACGGCUCCUUUGCCGUUACUGUACUACUACAUGGAUGUAGUCCUGUUCUUUCGGGUCUCACUUUUUAAGAUCACCUUCCUGUUGUAAAGUUUAAGGCAUUUUGCUCAAGUACUUUGUUUACAGUUAAAAUGAAUAGAAUUUAAUAAAUAAUAUGGUUAUGGCUUACCUGGAAAGCGUCAGCAUGACUUGGUAUAGACUUAAAAGAGUACAUGUGAUUAUAUUGUAGAAUGAUUAUUGAUAUAUAGGGACUCUAAUAAUUGUCCCUCCUGAUUAAAUGUCUGUCUGUGCAUUUUAUAAUGUCUGUUCUGGCUGCAAUCUUGUUUUGUAGUUUUUAAUUCUGCAAAAUUUGAGUAAUGUUUCUUCAAGGUUGUUGAAGUAAUAAUAGUUACAUAAUGGAGUAAAGUCAUUUGAUUAUUAAUUUUCAAGAAGUUUUAAACUAAUUUGUAACUGGACGUGGUUUUUAAAAAUAUUGGCAAAGAUUUGAUACACUUGUACUCUUUUUAGUUUGAGAAAAUAGUUUGGAAUGUGAAACAGUGCUUUUUCAAUAGAUGAAUCAUUUAGCAAUUAAAUUCUGAUUCUAAGGCUUAUUUAAAAUACAUUUGUAUGAGUCGAGCUUGUCCUUUGCAUUUGGCAAAACUGAUACAAUUGCAAAUAGAUGUAUUUCUGAACGCUGUGUGUAAAAUAACCUUUACAUAGAGUAAAAAGCAAACUCUGGUGGUUCCUGACAUGAAACUUCAGAUUUCUGUAUUUUGUUUGCCUUUCAUAAAAUUGAACUAAACAAAA